AUACUCUUCUUCGUCUUCUUCUUCAGUGUCUUUUCCUGCAAAUCCUAGGUUCGAAUUAUGAAUCCUUCGUUGGAAUCUAAGCAAUUUCCCCAUGAUUUCUUGAUUUCAGGAGUACCCUAUACUGUUGAAAGCGACAUUGACGAGAUUACGUAAAAUUUAAGAGAAAUUUGGACCUUUUUUUACCCCCCAAAAAUAGAUGUUUGAAAACCCUCGUUGUCUUGUUCUCUCCCACCCUCGUUCUUCUUCUCUUUUUUCUUUAACCUUUAUAAUGUCCUCAUCAUUACCUGAGUAUCUUUCACCGUUCAUCUUCAUCUUCUUCUAAGAUUUCUAAUUUUUAGUCUUGUAUGAUAAUUUCACCAUUGCAAACAUAUGGGUCUCUUUAAGGUGUUUUUUCCUCCUUUUUUGGGAUUAUUUUUUGGUUUUUUUUUUCAAAAAAAAAAACAAAUUAGGGUUUGCUUGGAAGAAGAAGGUGUGGAAAAGAAAGUUGUGGGGACUUUUAUGUUCUAGAUUUUGUUUGUUUGGUGAGAAAAUUUUGAUGAAAAGAAAAAGUUACUUUGAUUUAUUUUUGGGGGUGAAUAGCAUUAGGGCUUCCAAAAGGAUUGGAUUUCGCUGGGGCUGUGUUUUGACGACAGCUUGAAUUGUACAGGAUGCCCGUCCACAUCCCUCUUUGGCUUUGACUUUUGGGCCUAUUGAGCCUAGAGGGAUGUGGGGGCCGGGCGAUCGUUAUUAGGUUUGACUUUUGAGAAGAGAAAUGCUAGUGGUAUGUUGGCACUUGGCAGCAAGUGCGUCCUCCGCUUGAACCGGCCGCCAGAGUUGAAGGAGAUUAGUGCCUUUCGAAAUACUCUUUUUAGGAAAAUGAACAGAUAACUUGAGGGGCAAGUGUAGGCUGGAAAACUGGGGAGGGGGUUGGAGGAUGCAGUAGUGACGCUUGCAGUAAACCUUGGGAGCUUAUUUGAUAAUGGGAAAUGGAUUGAGAGCACAAUUCUGAUGUGGUGUAUGGUGGAGGAUUUCGUGUUGAACAGGGGAAAGAGAUAGAUAAUGGAAUCCUAGAUAUGCCAAGGCUCUAAAGAAUUGUACAGUUGAGUCAAUUUUAGGACAUUUUGUGGGGUAUGGAUUUUAAGGGGUGACCUGGGUGAAGUUAUUCUCCGGUCCUUUGAUUUUGGGCUGGUGUUUUGAGGGGGGUGCGGGGUGGUGUUAUUGAUUGUGCUCUCCCUUGGAAGGAGUUGUGGCGUGCUGUUACUCCCUCACUGGUUAUUUUUCUUUGCUUGGACUGCAGCUUGGGACCCAAUAGAAAAAGGAGAUGGUAAAGGAGACCAAAAAUAUGGAGGUCUUCAAUGAACCUGAUAAUUUUCUGAUAACCAUGAGGGAAGUGCAAGAUACUCUACUAGAAGGAGAUUCAAAUCUGCAAUCUCUGGUUGAUGGUAACUUAAAAGAAUGACAUAGAAACAACUGAAAGCCCUGCCAGUGUGAAUCCUGUUGCUGAAAGAAAUGGAAUUGAGAAAUAGAAUGAAGAAGAGGCCUGAUGCACUCGAAAAUAAGCUGCUAGAGAAAGGUGGCCUCUCCAAAUCUGAUCGAAAUACCAUAUCAACUGAUGAACGCUCCAGUCCAGAAAAUGGUGAUGAGAUAUGUAAUGUCUGGAGUACACCAGAAGUGCUUGGAUUUUCUGGUGAACAACAACUGGAUGUAUUGAAAAGUUAUUGUACCAAGGAAAAAAUAAUGCCAACCUCAUCAGAUUUAAUACAAAAACAGGACAACUCACUGGAGGUUCAUGAAGACCAUUGUGACGCCUUAUCAACAGUUGUUGAUGAUGCCUCCACUGGUCAAUUUGCUGCAAAGGUUUCAGACAAUAGACCUGCAUCUGUAAAGGGAGUGUGGCAAAGGGAUUUGAAACCCACUAGCAAUGACGACAAAAUUUCAGAUACUAAAUCUGAUGAUCCUUCCUCCAAGCAGAUAGCAGAGAAAAACAAGAAGUUCAAAGAUGAGUUGGAGGCUCCACCAGAAAGAGCACCUCUAGGUGAUUUGAGGAAAAAGCUCCUCAUUCUUGAUAUAAAUGGGCUUCUUGCAGAUAUACAAUCUCAUACUCCAAAGGGGUAUAAGGCGGACAAAAGAAUUGCAAAAAGGGCAGUUUUUAAGAGACCCUUCUGUUCUGAAUUCCUGAAAUUCUGCUUUGAGAGAUUUGAUGUGGGCAUCUGGUCAUCAAGAACUAAGAAGAAUGUAGAACAAGUAGUAGACUAUUUGCUUGGUGAUAUGAAACACAAACUGCUAUUUUGUUGGGAUAUAUCCCACUGCACUGACACAGGAUUCAAAACUUUGGAGAACAGGCACAAAACCUUGGUAUUUAAGGAGCUGAGGAAUAUAUGGGAUAAAUGUGACCCCAAUCUUCCAUGGCCGAAGGGAGAUUAUAAUGAAUCUAAUACAUUGUUGGUGGAUGAUUCUCCAUACAAAGCUUUGCUUAAUCCACCACACACAGCAAUUUUCCCUAAUUCAUACACAUACCAGGAUAAAAGCGAUAAUUCUUUAGGUUUAGGAGGUGAGCUUCAGGUAUAUCUGGAAGGGUUAGCUAUGGCUGGAGAUGUAAAGAUGUAUGUAGAGCGACACCCAUUUGGUCAAAGUGCUCUCACUGAACAAAGUCCAUCAUGGGGCUAUUACCAUAGCAUUUUGAGGGCUGUGUCUUCUUCAACAAUGACAGGAUAAUUCUUAUCUCUCUUUUUAGCUUGGUUAUUGGAUUCCCCAAGGCCCAGUCUUUGGGUGAGCUUAACCGGCUUGUUUGAUAGGGUAGGAAAAACGGAGUUGGGGUUAUGACAUUCUUGAUGGCUGUUUCAUUUUAGUGAAAAAAGUCAAUCUGGUGUGGGAUGCUGUAAUUUGCAACAGGAUGGUUGCUUGGAACGGUUAGGAUGUAUGUUUAAGAGAAACUCUCUUUCUGGGGAACCCAUAUUGAGAUGACUAACAUGGAUUCUGAUUGAUACUUCAACCAAGCAGCUACUUUGGAAAGUGCUUUACUUAUAGAGCUUUAGUACUGAGAUGAAGCCUUGCUGAUGGGUUUUCAUAUCCUGUUUACACAACAAUCAGGAAGGGCCACCCAGGCAGUCAAUCUAGCUAUAUCCCAUUCUCUGCUUCUUGUUCUCCCAUGUACUGCCAUGUUAUUUACUAUUGAACAGAAGUUUCUGUCUCUAGCUGUCCUUAUCGUAGAACAUGAAUCCCAUGCUUUCUUGGCAUGAUCCUGACUGUCAUAUCUUAAUGAAAAACGCUGUCAUUCAUUCAUGACAGUUCAAUAAAGUGGUUGUGGAAUUGAAGAGAAAUAAUUUGGACAUGAAUGAA